AGGCAAGCUACAUUGCUAAAAGAAAAAUGGACAGUUUAGCAUUAGUUUUAAUAACUAGCGCGAUGACAAUGAUUGUGUUCGUUUAUGAUAUAACCUUUUGAUAGACAGUAUAAACCCGUGGUUCAGCAGUAUGCUGGGUAACUUGCGUGUGUUUUAGCCGACGUCAGCCGAAGAUUAGCUUAGCCAGAACGCGGUGUCUCUAAAAGCUCAUCACUUUGAAGUUAGCCAUGAUGCUGGGUGGCCGUGGGCUCAGUGUGCGCGUGCUGGUCCAGAUGUUGUGUGCACAGCUGCUCUGGGGUCGAGUGUGGAGCUCCGAGCUCACCUUCGAGCUUCCAGAUAACGCCAAGCAGUGUUUCUACGAGGAGAUCACCAUCGGGACUAAGUGCACCUUAGAGUUCCAGGUUGUCACUGGGGGCCAUUACGAUGUCGACUGUCGUCUGGAGGAUCCGGACAGUACAGUUCUUUACAAAGAAAUGAAGAAGCAGUAUGACAGUUUCACGUUUACUGCUGCGAAAAACGGAACGUACAAGUUCUGCUUCAGCAACGAGUUUUCCACCUUCACACACAAGACGGUUUACUUUGACUUUCAAGUCGGCGAUGAUCCUCCCCUCUUCCCCAAUGAAAACCGAGUCACUGCACUAACUCAAAUGGAGUCUGCGUGCGUCUCUAUCCAUGAAGCCCUGAAAUCUGUUAUCGAUUACCAAACCCAUUUCCGGCUGAGGGAGGCGCAGGGACGCAGCAGAGCAGAAGACCUGAAUGCCAGGGUGGCCUUCUGGUCCAUCGGGGAGGCAUUUAUCCUCCUGGUGGUCAGCAUCAGCCAGGUUGUUCUGCUCAGGAGCUUCUUUUCAGACAAGAAAACCACAACAACUCGUGUUGGAUCCUAACAUCACCAAGUCAUUGUUAUUUGUGGUCUCUCUCUCUCUCUCUCUCUCUCACACACACACAAACACACAAUGGACUGAAGGCUGAUGCCAUGGUUCACUCUUCAAUUUUAAAGCUACAUAAUUAAUGUUUAUUUAAAGAUGUAUCUGUUUGGCUUUACAUCUUUUUAGGCUUUUGUAUGGAUUAACAUUCAUAUCCAACAAAUGAUAUUUUCAGUGGUAAGAAACGAACCUCUUAAUUUAUUGUUCGAGUGUAAGUUUAAUUUUUACACUGCUUUCUUUAAUUUGUGGAGGAGCUACUUAACACAUGCUUAGUUCUGCAGAUAAUGGACUUGUGACUCUUUUGGUGCAUAGGGAUCAGUGGUAGGACUUCAGUAUUAGAUGAGUGUCAUAAAACACCUUUCGGAAGACGUCAGAAGCAUGUUUGGAUAAUUUUUAUAUUUAGAGCAAUUUUUUCAGUUAAGUAAUUUACAUUUGUUCGCAAGUUGUUGUUUUUUUUUUUACCUGAAGAAAUGAUUUUCGUCGUCAUCCGCUUGCUGGUGCUCCACUGUUACAUUCUUAAAAGUAGCUUAUUUUCAACAGCUGUAUCUCUGUCACAAAUAUAGCAGGUGUUAAAAUUUAUAAACAUCACAAAGAUUAAAUUAUCAAGCACUGACUUAAAUUAUACAAUUAUAAGCAUAAUGUUGAAAGACCCCCAUAAUGGUCAUUGACUAUAUUUGCUCAUAGUUAAAACUUCACUGAGUAUACACUCCAGAUGGUUUGGGAUUGAGUUUAAGUAGAACAUUAUACAGUUUUUAAAGUGUGUAAAUACACAGUUUCUGAGUAUCUACUGGCCUGCAGUUUCUUACAAACCUGGCAGCAGAUGUAAGACAGUUUGUUGAGAGCACUGAAUGUUGAAACUGCAGGGUAGUUGUUCACAAUGACUGAACCCUGUGGCUGAAGAGCAUGAUUUGUGAGAAAUACUUAUAAUUAAGCUGAUAAUGUAAAUGGAGCCACACACGUCAACUGAUUUGUCAAUUGCAUCCAUUCAUUAAGUAAUCACAAUAAAAGCACCAGUUGGAUUAAGAAAUGGUUGCUGUAGUAAUGCUUUAGCUUGUUCAGGAGUAGGCACAUUGGUGUACUUAAUACUUGGGUGUUUUUUUUUUUGAUUGAAGUAAUAAUUAUGGGAAUCUUGGCUAAAAGAAAUGAAACACUGGUUAUCCGGUUGGAUUAAAUGUGGGUUAAGUAGCAGAUUUCGAUUAUAUGGUUGUGUAAAGCUUUAUGUUUAAAGCUUGUUUCUUUUUGUUAAACUGUCUUUACAGGAUCCCUGUUCUUUGUUCUAACUUAGGAAAAGGUUUUCUGUUGUUCAUUUCCAAUGUGUUUGUUUUUCUUCAAUAAUCAAAUUAUAUGUGGAUUUGUUCUGAAUUAUCAAAUUGCCCUUUUGUGUCUUAUCACAUCCAGAAAGAAAUGGUGAGCCCUGGGGUGCACAAUCAAUAAAUCUGAUUUGAGAAACACA